AUGGAAGAUUUCGACCACCAUGAGUCGAUUUCCAGACCAGAGAUGUCUGAAGCCGCAGCAAAGACCGUGUCGAAGUUCGAGCUCAUCAUCAUCUCCUAUGGUCAUGCCCACGGUCCCCUCACCCUCUUAGAGCCAGGCACCGUCGAGCAGCUUACCUUUUCUGUGAGGGACAUUAAAAAUCCUCCUGCCAAACUCCGGAAGACGCACACGGGAUUGUCCUCCCAUCUGCGCAAGGAAGUCAUGGCCAACCGCGGCGCAGCUGCAAGAUUGAGUUUGAUUCUCGAGGCCGUGCGGAAGAAGAUGGGUGAGAUGCAACUUGCCCGCCGAGGGGUCGACAUAAGCGCAGAUUCACCUUCGUCGUCUGCGGCGCCGUCCACUCUUGUUGUCGGUAUCAUGUGUGAGCGUGGCAAACAUCGCAGCGUCACUUUUGCGGAGGAGCUCUCGUGA